AUGACGAACUUGAUCCCAUCCAGAACAUCGAAUCGGCCAGUCCGAUUCCGAUCAAUAACCCGAGUACUCACUCUGGUCAACUAUGCUCCAGAGCGACCGAUGACCUGGCCUAGUGUAGUUCUGCGAACCACCGAAUGCUACCGACAAAACGAAAAGAAAUCCAUAGAUAAGAAGAAAAAGCAUAUGUGA